UGAAUGAGAAAUUCAUCAAUUAUGAAGUGGUUAAGAAAAUAUUUACUCUAUAUUCCGACUAUCAGUUGGUAAAAUAACAUAAUGCCAGCUGGUGAGUACUAAGGUAAAUAUUAGUUUAAUUUUGGACAUUAUUAUUCAGAUACGAGAGAAUUGUGACAAUGUGACCAAGUAAUUGACAUGAGUUUCAUCGGAAGUACACCUGAUGUUUCAAUUACGUCGUCAUUGUUACGUAAUGAAUCAACAAGAAAGCAGCCGUCUAGAUUUACGUUAGGUGAACUUGCUGUUCUCUCUGGGUCCACGUUUCCAUCUUCCUCACAAAACUACCCAGAACCGCAUUUGUUGGAUCCUUUCAAAGACGCCAAAAAACUUCUUCAUACAAUUCGCCUAAAAAAGUCAAAGGAACAAACUGAUGACCCGCAGAAUGAAUGUGAUUCGGCAGACGAAGUUCUUAAGCUGGUCAGAAAGAAAGGCCGGAAAAAACCAAGGAAUAAGGAACAAGCACAGAAGGACGCCGAACAAAGACAUAAAGAUUCUGAAACACAAACAGACAUGGAAAUCGAGGAAGUCAUCAAGGAACUUGAGGAGCUGGAUAAGCUAUCGGCCAUUGUCUCGGGAGACCGACAUUCAUACCGGAAGUCAAUGUCGCAUGUCAAUCAAGACCCGGAUAUCAAAAUUGCUGAUGACUUAUUGCAGGAGUUGGAUUCUGCUAUUUUCCGGAAUACUUGUACACAAACGGAUUAUCUUUCUAACAAAAAGAUUUUUCAAGAAACAAUUGAUUUCCCGUUGCCUCGUCGAGCGGUGCAAUCUAAGAUAGACCACAGGUGGCCCAAGGGUCACAAGCUGCACCUGAAAUUUUGCUUCGAUAAAAAAAUACGUGCAAAAGAUGUUUGAAUUUUUUCAUAGUUUAUGUAAUACAUACUUUGUACAUGGUCUUUGUGCCUUAACUAAAAAAAUAUUUUUAAGAUAGUUGAAUUCUUUGUUUAACUUAUCAAACUUUAAAACUUGAUUGUCUGGCAUUUUUGCCUUUAAAAGAACCAACAUUGGCAUUUUAAUCACCAAAAUAAUCCUGUAUGUUAACAAACAAAGGAUUUUUUUAACCUGGAUGACUUAUCUUAAGAAAAUACUCUUUUCCUCUUCGACCGACGUAUUGCCAACCACAUCUUUUUGAUGAUAUUAAAGAAAUAUUUAGAGAAAUUAAAAGUUUCUCAAACCAUUUGCAUUAAUGGUUUUUUUUUCAUCUUUAUCUAAAAUAAAUUUAAACUAGAACGCCCGUUUCACAUAUCAUUCUUCGGACUAAGUUAUAGUUUAAAAAAAAAAUGUUUUGCUACGUCAUGCAAUUUAUUUUUUUUAGAUGAUUUAAAUUUUAUAAACCCAAUGUGGUAUAUAAAAAGUAGAAUUAUAUAGAAUUAUAUAUUGAACUUCUGAUUUUUAAAUAAGGUUAAAUAUUUAUGGCAACAUUAAUGCGAUGUUUUACCCAUCGUUUCCACAGCUCUUUUAUUUUUUUUAUUGUUUUUUUUUUAAAUAUUGCUUUAAUAAUAACAUUGUUAAUGUUAUUUAUAACGCGGGUUAUGUAAUUUUUUUCUGCAAUGUUCGAUACCUUCAUAACACGCAUGAAUCAUCAGAAAAAGCAUUUUAUUAUUUGUUUUA